AUGGAUUCGGAUGAUGCAAAUGACAGUGCUCAAGGCAAGAGGAACGGCUUAAAUUCGAAGAAAGCACGCACGAGGGUUUCUAGAGCUUGUGAUCGUUGCCGGACAAAGAAAGACAAGUGUGAUGGUAGGCGCCCCAGCUGCUCGGUCUGCAUUGCUAUUGGACAUGCCUGCUCCUAUGACCCCAGUACGAAAAAGAGAGGACUACCGGAGGGCUAUGUCCGGGGAUUGGAGAAACUAUGGGCGCUCUGCUUGGGCAAGAUCAAUGGAUUAGAAGAAGUUGUGGUCGAUCUAUUGCGACACCAGGAUGAGGUCGAAAGCUUAUGGAACCAUGAGACUGCCGGGGAAGAAUUACACGCAUCGUGGAAAGGCUCUUCCGUUCUGCGUGAGCUCGAGGCACUUCUAUCAAAACUGGAAGCCACUGCCAAUGAAUCGGCUGGGAAAAGAAAACGUGAGAGAGAAGAGAGUACUUCUGAAGGAAUACUCGAGACUACCUUUCAUCGCACGCUAGAGUACGCCGUUCAGCCACUAGGCAUUUCUACCACGUCAAGAGCACAAGUGUCGAUCAUCGAUGGUAGAAGUGACGGCCCGACGCCCUCUGAAAGCGUUGUGUCCUUUCCAGCCAGGACUCCCGCUCUCCUGGACCUCUAUUUCUCACAUACACAUUGCUGGUUCCCAAUACUUGAGCGUCAUCACAUCCUCCGGACCUCCUACUCUUGCUCUUCCGGUCAACGGCGACCCGAGUCCAUAUCGUCAGCAGAUCUCGCGAUACUCUGGGCUGUGCUAGCAUACGCGGACCAGCAAUACGUACACAUCUCGUCUGAAAUUCGCCCAUCCGGCGAAGUGGGACCCGCAGGAAUGUUGAUAGCAGCCAUGAAGUGGAUACCACCCCUCGAGAGCGGUAUCUUCGAGAUAGGACAUGUUCAAGCUCUACUGCUAGUUGCCUUGAACAGUAUCGGGUCUCAUUGGAACAAGGCUUGGAUCAUCGUCGGCCACGCUGUACGGAUUGCCAUGGACAUCAAUGUUGUUCAGGUCCAUGGAAGGGGCAAGCAUGUUCUGUUCGGAUGUUUCAUACUAGAUACACUGGUAUCAGCUCGCCUAGAAAGACGACCUCAUAUGCGCCGGGAGGAUAUAGAGCCACUUGGCCACCUCGAAGAAGAUGGUCUCGAAGAAUGGGAUCCUUGGACGAAUUCUAUGGGCAGUGUACCGCCGCAAGGAAAUGCUCGUGGACCUGCUUUCACGAUCAGCUGCUUCAAUAGGUUGUGUGAUGUUUGUGCAAUAUUGAGUGACAUCCUCUGCAGCACUUCUUCUGGCAUGGAGCGGCGAAGCUUUUGCCAGCAGCAAUCAGAAAACCUGGACAGCCUGUUCAAGAAAUUGCCAUUUAUCGACCAGUCCACCAGUUCUUCUUUACCCCAUGGACCACCACACAGCACAUACUUGGCUUUGACAUAUUUUGCUGCUCAAUUGGCGGUGAACUUCCACGCUCGAAGCACAGUCGAGCAAAGGCCUUCGGACGCUUUUGCAAGAAAUGCUUGCGAGAUACUGGUGCUGCUGACUCAACACGCUCAGUCAGUCGGGCUUGUGGUCUUACCACCUUUCCUGGAGUACACCUUGCGUCUUUCAGUUGAUGGAGCUACUUUGGCUCGAUCAGAUUUCAGUGACACAGCCGGGCUGCCUACAUUCACAGCUUGGGUACACAAGAUGGAUGAGCAUGUCCAUGCCCUCAAGACUCUCUGGCCAGUGUUCAACUCGCUUAGCGAUACCCUGGCAGAUGGAGACCGCCAAGGAGAACGAUCUCUCACAAUACCCACCACACAUGCCACAUUCCGGCGCAAUGAAAUGGGACUGACACCUACAUCCAUGUCAGCUCCAAUUGAUAAGCUUGUCACUCCUCGUGCGGCGUCCAGUAUUAUCGCGCAGCCUAAUUUAAACUUCUGGGAGGGCACUAGCUCGUCAGCAGUCACGUCAACCAGAGAUCAGCUGCCUGCCUCCUUCGAUAUGAUGAUGACAGAAAUGAAGGCCGCUACUCCUACGCCUAGCAACAGGAGCAUGCCUGCAGGUUUAGCGAUGCCACAAACCCCACAAACGUCUCCCAGCUUUCAAGGUGACGACGUUGAUGCCAUUUUCCACGAUUUAGCACAUUUAGACACUACAGAAUGGACUAACAGUCGCGAGCAAGGACUGAGGGAAUUCGGGUUUGCCGACGACUCUACAUUUCAAGCUUUCUGCAACGAUCCGGAUAGGCUGGUGGCGUUUGAUCCAUCCUUACUCGAUGAUAACGCCACGAAUCUCUGGCCUCCGCCUGGUUUCUUUCCCAACCAUUUCGCAGAGACGGACCCGCACGUGGAAGCUUCGCAGAUAUUGCAAUCUUUGUCAGCGAAUGACCAGUAUCCAACAUUGCCUGAGAGUGUUGGAUGGUAA